UGAGAAAGCAAGCCGUUCCCCUCCCGUGUAGCACAUUGCCUGGGCGUUCCUAUUAUGGAAGUUAAGUGAGAAACUCUGCAGCUUGAACUGAUUUGGGGAGAGAAAGGGAGAGAAAAGGGUAGGGGGAGGGCGAGAGGAAAGCAAGAUAGCCGAACCAAGCCAAUGGUUUUCCUGCAAAGUGCCGGGAAGUUUGUGGAGCACUUUCUAGGAAUCAGGUCCUUUCUCAGAGUCUCUCCUUGUCUUCCGAAGAAAGAGCUUGCUUUUGGAUUGCCAUGGAUCCUAAAGAGAGUCUUAGACACACUUGAAUAAUUCCUCUGCUCGGGCUGGAUUGGUGGGAAUUUAGGAAGGAGCGUGUGUGCAAAGCAGAAGCCUCCGGAGCUCACUCGCUGCUCUAAUCUGUAUGGAUCUAAAAGUGUCACAUUCAAGACCUUUGCAUCUGCAGCUUUUGAUUUCAAGAUUUCCCUUUCCACUUUAAGUAGCUGCUAGGAAACUGAAAACUUUUGGACCUACCUCUUACUGGCUUUGGAUACUUUUUUUUCUUUUUCUUUUUUCUUUUUUUUUUUUUUUUUUAUCUCUGUGGAAUUAGUCUCGCAAGCGAUCGGGAUUGCUUUUACUAUGUCAAAAUGGGUCUGCUGACGCCACUCCUGCUCUUCGGAUUUGCAUUUUUUCAAGUCUAUGGAUCCCGUCUCCGCCAGGAGGACUUUCCACCCCGGAUCGUUGAGCACCCUUCAGACGUGAUAGUGUCUAAAGGAGAGCCAACAACUCUGAACUGUAAAGCUGAGGGACGGCCCACUCCCACCAUCGAGUGGUACAAGGAUGGGGAGCGGGUGGAGACGGACAAGGACGACCCUCGCUCCCACCGCAUGCUGCUGCCCAGCGGCUCUUUGUUUUUCUUGCGCAUCGUGCACGGGCGCAGGAGUAAACCCGACGAGGGAAGUUACGUCUGCGUAGCGAGGAACUACCUUGGAGAAGCUGUGAGUCGCAACGCGUCUCUGGAAGUGGCAUUGCUACGGGAUGACUUCCGCCAGAACCCUACAGAUGUCGUGGUGGCAGCUGGAGAGCCUGCCAUCCUGGAGUGCCAGCCGCCUCGAGGACACCCUGAGCCCACCAUCUACUGGAAGAAGGAUAAAGUCCGCAUUGAUGACAGGGAGGAGCGAAUCAGUAUCCGUGGCGGGAAGCUGAUGAUCUCCAACACCAGGAAGAGCGACGCGGGCAUGUACACCUGUGUGGGGACCAACAUGGUGGGGGAGAGGGACAGCGACCCCGCAGAACUGACUGUCUUCGAGCGGCCCACGUUUCUCAGGCGACCGAUAAACCAAGUGGUGCUGGAGGAGGAGGCCGUGGAUUUCCGGUGCCAGGUGCAGGGGGAUCCCACACCCACAGUCCGGUGGAAGAAAGAUGAUGCGGAUUUACCGAGAGGAAGGUAUGACAUCAAAGACGACUACACUCUGCGCAUCAAGAAAGCCAUGAGCACGGACGAGGGAACCUACACUUGCAUUGCUGAGAACAGAGUUGGAAAAGUGGAAGCCUCUGCUACCCUCACUGUGCGAGCUCGCCCCGUUGCUCCUCCACAGUUUGUGGUGAGACCACGAGACCAGAUUGUAGCCCAAGGUCGAACAGUGACUUUUCCUUGUGAAACUAAAGGAAAUCCUCAGCCAGCUGUUUUCUGGCAAAAAGAGGGCAGUCAGAACCUACUCUUCCCAAACCAGCCUCUCCAGCCCAACAGCAGAUACUCGGUGUCACCGACCGGAGACCUCACCAUUACCAACAUCCAGCGCUCGGAUGCAGGAUACUACAUUUGUCAAGCACUGACGGUUGCUGGAAGCAUUUUAGCAAAGGCUCAGCUGGAGGUUACUGAUGUCUUGACAGAUAGGCCUCCACCCAUCAUCCUCCAGGGACCCAUCAACCAGACACUGGCAGUGGAUGGCACAGCUCUGCUGAAGUGCAAGGCCACUGGUGACCCCCUCCCUGUCAUCAGCUGGCUGAAAGAAGGAUUCACCUUCCUGGGCCGAGACCCUCGGACGUCCAUACAGGACCAGGGGACGCUGCAGAUCAAAGCGCUGCGGCUGUCCGAUACUGGGACUUACACUUGCGUGGCUACAAGUUCCAGUGGGGAGACCUCUUGGAGUGCUGUGCUGGAGGUGACAGAAUCCGGUGGAGCAACAGUCAGUAAAAACUAUGAUAUAAAUGACCUCCCUGGGCCACCAUCCAAACCUCAGGUCACUGAUGUUACUAAGAACAGUGUCACCCUGUCCUGGCAGCCAGGGACCCCUGGAAGCCUACCAGCCAGUGCAUAUAUCAUUGAGGCUUUUAGUCAGUCUGUGAGCAAUAGUUGGCAGACAGUGGCAAACCACGUGAAGAGCACCCUCUACACUGUGAGGGGCCUGCGCCCCAACACGAUCUACCUGUUCAUGGUGAGAGCCAUCAAUUCACAGGGCCUGAGUGACCCCAGCCCCAUGUCAGACCCUGUCAGAACACAAGAUAUCAGCCCACCAGCUCAAGGUGUGGAUCACAGGCAAGUCCAGAAAGAACUGGGAGACGUCAUUGUACGGCUGCACAAUCCUGUUGUGCUGACACCCACGACAGUUCAAGUCACCUGGACGGUUGACCGCCAGUCCCAGUUUAUUCAGGGCUACAGGGUGAUGUACCGCCAAACGUCUGGCCUGCCUUCUCCAGCUGUGUGGCAGAAUUUGGAGGUCAAAGUCCCCACUGAGCGCAGUGCUGUCCUCGUCAGCUUGAAGAAGGGGGUCACUUAUGAAAUAAAGGUUCGCCCUUAUUUCAAUGAAUUCCAAGGAAUGGACAGUGAAUCCAAAUCUGCUCGUACCACAGAGGAAGCUCCAAGUGCCCCUCCUCAGUCUGUUACUGUCCUGACAGUUGGAAACCACAACAGCACGAGCAUCAGCAUCUCCUGGGAUCCUCCCCCUCCAGAUCACCAAAAUGGAGUCAUCCAGGAGUAUAAGAUCUGGUGCCUAGGUAAUGAGACUCGAUUUCAUAUCAACAAAACAGUAGAUGCAGCCAUUCGGUCUGUAGUAAUAGGUGGCCUAUAUCCAGGUAUUCAGUACCGUGUGGAAGUUGCUGCAAGCACCAGUGCAGGUGUGGGAGUAAAAAGUGAGCCACAGCCCAUAAUAAUUGGAGGCCGUAAUGAAGUUGUCAUCACUGAAAAUAACAACAGCAUAACUGAGCAAAUCACUGAUGUUGUCAAACAGCCUGCCUUUAUAGCUGGCAUCGGUGGGGCAUGUUGGGUGAUUCUGAUGGGUUUCAGCAUCUGGCUCUACUGGCGAAGAAAGAAGAGGAAGGGGCUCAGCAAUUAUGCUGUUCAGUCCUUCACCUUCACCCCUGCAGUCACUUUCCAAAGAGGAGAUGGAGGACUAAUGAGCAAUGGAAGUCGACCAGGUCUCUUGAAUGCAAGUGACCCCAGUUAUCCUUGGCUUGCAGACUCCUGGCCUGCCACAAGUCUGCCAGUAAACAACAGCACUAGUGGACCCAAUGAUCUUGGCAAUUUUGGUCGUGGAGAUGUGCUGCCACCAGUGCCAGGGCAAGGAGAUAAAACUGCUACUAUGCUUUCUGAUGGAGCCAUUUACAGCAGCAUCGACUUCACCACGAAAACCAGUUACAACAGUUCCAGCCAAAUAACGCAAGCUACACCAUAUGCCACCACCCAGAUACUGCAUUCCAACAGCAUCCAUGAGCUGGCUGUCGAUUUACCUGAUCCUCAGUGGAAAAGCUCAAUUCAGCAAAAAAAUGACCUGAUGGGAUUUGGUUACUCUCUCCCAGACCAAGGCAAAGGCAACAAUGCCUUGCUUUACAUCCCUGACUACCGGGUGGCUGAGGGACUGGCUAAUAGAUUGCCACACAACCAGUCACAGGAUUUCAGCACCACCAGCUCCCACAACAGCUCCGAAAGGAGUGGCAGCCUCUCAGGUGGCAAAGGAGGGAAAAAGAAGAAAACCAAAAAUACUACCAAGCCCCAGAAAAAUAAUGGUUCAAACUGGGCCAGUGUUCCCCUCCCACCCCCUCCUGUGCAGCCACUUCCAGGCACAGAGCUGGAACACUAUGGGGUGGAUCAGCAAGAAGCAGGAUACGACAGUGAUGGUUGGUGUCCACCUUUGCCAGUUCAGACCUACCUACAUCAGGGCAUGGAGGAUGAGCUUGAAGAAGAUGAUGAUCGUGUUCCCACACCUCCUGUCCGAGGAGUAGCUUCAUCACCUGCCAUCUCCUUUGGGCAACAGUCGACUGCAACUCUCACGCCUUCCCCACGAGAAGAGAUGCAGCCAAUGCUUCAAGCUCACCUUGAUGAAUUAACAAGGGCUUACCAGUUUGAUAUAGCAAAGCAGACAUGGCACAUCCAAAGCAAUACACAACCUCCUCAGGCUCCCGUUCCUCCCCUAGGAUACGUAUCUGGAAACCUUAUUUCAGAUUUGGAAACAGAUGUUCCAGACGAGGAUGAUGAUGAAGAUGAUAUUGAAGAAGAAACUGUAGAAAUCAGUAGGCCACUAAGAGGUCUAGAACAUACUCCAGGCUCCAGUAUGGACAAUCUAGACAGCUCUGUGACAGGUUCAAUGGUAAAUGGAUGGGGUUCUGCGUCUGAUGAGGACCGUAACUUUUCUAGUCAUAGAUCUAGUGUAGGUAGCUCCUCAGAUGACUCGAUCUUUACCAGCGGCAGUUUUGCACAAGCACUGGUUGCAGCAGCAGAUAAAGCUGGGUUUAGGCUGGAUGGAACCAGCCUGACAAGAACAGGCAAAGCAUAUUCUUCCUCUCAGAGACCUCGGCCGAGCAGUCCUUUUUCUACUGACAGCAACACCAGUGCAGCUGUCAAUCAGGGUCAGAGGCCGAGGCCCACUAAAAAACACAAGGGAGGACGGUUGGACCAGCCCCCUUUGCCUCAUCGUAGGGAGGGAAUCACAGAUGAUCUUCCACCACCACCCGACCCGCCCCCUGGUCAGGGUUUAAGGCAGCCCAUAGUCCCCGGCCAGCGCGGAGGUUCGGCAGAGAGGAAAGGAAGCUCUCUUGAGAGGCAGCAUGCACCGAACGUAGAUGAGACAAAGAGCUCCCUGGACCGGCAAGCUAGGACAUCUCUAGAGUGGCAGCGGCAAACCCAGGAGUGGAUAAGCUCUACAGACCGCCAAGAGGAUUUCAGGAAAGCCCAACACAAACAAGCCUUCGGAUCAGAAGAGGCACUCGUACCAUAUAGUAAACCCAACUUCCCAUCCCCUGGUGGCCACAGCUCUUCAGGAACAUCUUCUUCUAAAGGAUCGACUGGACCUAGAAAAGGUGAAGUCUUGCGAGGAGGUCACCAACGCAAUGCCAGUGACCUUCUCGAUAUAGGCUAUGUGGGAUCAAACAGUCAAGGACAGUUUACUGGUGAAUUAUAGUAGUUGAGAAGACACAUUGCAAGCUGCUCUGAUGGACCAUCAGGUCUGAACUCAUGGAAGUGAUGACACUAAACAGUGCAAUGAACAUUUUCUUUAUUUAUGUACUAUUAAAAGAACUGUAAAUGCAAUGUAAAGACACACAGCCACACAUAUCCCACAGAUUCUUUACUUGUGUUCUUCUCUUUAAUACACCAUCCACCUUAAACUAUUCCUUGUCAGGAGUAUAUAAAAAAGAAAGAAAAAAAAAUCACCCUCCAGGAUGAAAAGGAUUUCCUUCUGUAUAUAAUUUCUUUUGUUGCAUUGCUAUGCAAGCUCACCUUCUUUUUAGCUAUGUUCAUAUUCAUGUCUGUUUUUACUGGUCUGUUGUACUAUAUGUGAAUUAAUAGGCUGUGGUGCCAUAUAUUAACUUUUAAUUGUGUAACUUUUAUGUUUAAAGUUUGCACUGCAAUUUUAUUUGGUGAUAAGCACAAAACUCUACUCCUCAUGACAUGAAGAAAAAAAAGAGACUGAAUGUGUGGAGAAGGUUUACGUCCUGUAAGCUACUUUGGAUAACGCUGGAUGUAAAGGAGUAUGUUAGGUGGUUUUCCAUUGGGGUGUAGAAAUGAGAAAGUGACAGGCAAAACUGAUGUCAGUGAAGACAUUAGAGACAGAUUUAAAUCUUUUAAAAGCAAGCAACAUGGUUGCUCUUCCUAUUUAAGAAGGGGUCAGAAGUUGGAAGUGUGAGGUUAAAGGGCGAAUAUGAAAAUUAAAGGUAGCAUGAGAUGGCCUUGACCCUUUCACUAGAAUGAUGCCCUUAGUAUCUGUUUUUAGCCAUCCCAUGCCACUAAGUAAAGGGGAAGAAAAACAAACCUUGCUACAAACAAAAGAACUUAAGGUGUUUCACUAAAGCUGUUUUUGUAUUGCAGUUUUAAAAGAAUUAUUACCAUUAAUUUCUCCAGCCCAAAAUGUAAGACAGAGAUUUUCCAGGAGAAAAAAACACAAUAUAAACGCAAGGAAUACCCACCAAGAAGUUAAGAAUGCAAUUUAUUGUUAAGACAUAUUCAGGCUGCUUCCAAAAAAUUGAAAUGUCAGAGUAUCUUAUUUCAUCUUUCCAGUACAUGUAUAGUAGAAUAGAAGAUAGAGCUGCACCACUGAAAUUCAUGACAUUAAUUGUUUUGAUGCAGUCUACACAACCCUUUCUGUUCUGUUACUUGAAGUCUGCAAGAGUUGAAGUUGGAUCCACUAAAUUUGUAGUAAAGUGUUUAGUGUUUGGAAGGAACAGUCAAACUACUUUCGACUUGCAUUACAUAUAUUUCUGGCAGUACACUACAUCCAAAAGCUGGAUACAAGCAAAGAAAAUCUUUGACCUGUGUUUUAGUGAGUGACUUCAAACCCUACUAUGAUGAGGAAAUAACACGUUUAUACACUUUUUGAAUAAACCAGACUCUGUAAGUGGACAUUAAUGACAGCAUCCUGUCUCUUCAUUAAUUUUCAUGACUUUGUCCAAAUCUUCUGUACUUCUCAAAUCUGAAUGAGUAAAUUGUCAAGCUUUUCUUAGAAUAUUAUAUGUGGAUAGCCCACCCAUUACUUUGAUGCUUAAUUUAAAUAUUAAAUCUUACAGCUUAUUUCUGUUAGUUAUCUGACCAUGAACAUAAGUUUCCAUUGAAUACGUUUUUCAUAUAACCAGUCUAUGUUGUUUUAUAUAUUGCCUUGGAGCUCACCAGUAUUAAGAACACUUUUAGUUAUGGCAGAAUUUUAGAAAAGUAAAUUACAAUGCUGAAUAUGUGUUGCUUUUCAUUUCAUUAACUUGUUCCAUGAUAAGAUAAAACACUACAGCCAUCAACUAUAACUCAGCACUACUGAGUAUUUAAAAAAAGCUAGUUAACUUCCUUAAGUCAAGAUGUGUUAUUUAGCAGGUUACAAACAAAAAAUAUUGAGAAAAAAAAUGUAUGAAUUUAUUUAUACAUGUGACCAAUGAGUAUGUGUCAUUUUCCUGCGUGUUAAAACACUACAGUUAAGAACAGUGCUUAAAAAUGUUCAAGUAAGAUAAAGAAUGCAUCAUAAUUACACAUAUUUGGUUUUAUUUUGAUAUUAUCAUAUAAAGCGAUGACUAUUCAGAGUACAAUUCAAAUUUAAUUCUCUGGAAAAUGUUUAACUCAGUCACAGAUUGAUUUUUUUCCUUUUAAUCCAAAAGCUUGUGCUGAGCUUUGGUGGAACACCUUACUAACUAUAUUCUAUUGAAAAUUCAGUAUCAUUAGAGGUUGAUAAAGCCAUCCCAAUUACUUUCAAAUAUGUGUUUUAUCUCUUCCACUGGAAAGUAAAUGUGUGUCAGUAUUAAAGCUGUGCAGUACCAUGAUAUUCACUAACUUGUUCAUCUGCUUCUGUACAUUUUUGUUCAUUAAUAAUUUGCUUAAAAUAUUACAUAAGGUGUUGUUGUGUAUGGCAAAGUGUCUCCAUUAUCUUACAGGUGAUGUCUCUUCUUUUUUUUUCUCUCUCUCUUUUCUAUACAGUGUACUUCCAAUGAACCACAGUACAUAUUUUUUAAAAUGCCAUUUAAUUUACUAUUUUAAAAGAAGUAUUCUUCUUUUUUAAAAAAAAAUGAAAACAUUUAUUGUGAAUAAUGUGUUUAAAGAAAAGGGAUGUUGUGGCAGCACUUAGAAUUGUUUUUUAAUUUGUUUUUUUUUAAAAAAAACUGUUUAUUGGCUACAGUUUGUUCACGAAAAAGUAUGACCUCUUAAUGUGUUUCAUUGGUAUUGUUAGUGCAGCAAAGUUUAAUUGGCAUAAGAAGUUGGUUAUUAGUACUGUUGAAGUGUGUAUUGUAUAUUUACUGGGGAAAAAAUAAAACAUAUUCACAUUUCAAAUCUAUGUUAAAAGACCUUGAGUAAGGAGUCAAUAUGUGAAAAGCCAAACUGGGAAAAUCAGGCAAUAAUAACAUAGACUGAGCUAUAAUCAUCACUGUCCACUUACAGGUGACAGGAACCUUUUAUGUGCUGGUUUUCAAACUAAGCUAAGAGUGUUAUAAAUAGGCCAGUGGUAAACAUUGCCUGUCAUAGGGGUUUCUGUUUAAUGUCCUGUCUAUACUGGGAAUAGCUGGACCAGGGUAGUUACACUGCUCCAGCUAUUCUAGCAAAAGUUUGUACACGUGCGCUCUCGAUGUCCAGCAAGGACCCAAGUGCUCAGCUUACUUUGCUUAAGGCCCAUAAAGCAGUGGAUGUGUAAAACCUGCAUUCCCUGGGCCUGAACCCUUGGAAUUGGGGUUUUGUACUGGUGGAGCUUCUGCCAAUCCAGUACAGAACAUCCCCAAAUGGCAAAGAGAUGCCAGGUCAAUUUUUUCUCAGUCUUUGCUGAAGGACCAAAUAAUAAAUGGUUACAUGUGCUUCAGUGGUGUAUUGCUGUAUAGGCAGCCAUUUCAGUGAUGCAAAGAACAGACAUUUCUUGGUUUUGUUAUUUCUUUUUUUAUUUCUCAAGUCCUUUCCAAGUCAGUAAACCUUUUGAAUACCUUUUGGUUGUCACCUGAAAUGCAAAAGAAACAUCGUUCCUUGGGAAAAGUACAAAAAAAAUAAGGUGCAUGGAAUGUUUUAAGUGUAUUAAUUUAACUAUACACCAGUACAAAAGGAAGACAUGACUGUUUGAAAUAACUAUAUGCUGGUUUAUGCUUGCCUCAGUCCAUACCUUGCCAGCCAGGAGAAAAGGUGUGUACUAGGGCUGAGAAAGAGCCCUCACAACUGACAGAGGAAAGGUAAUCGGGCUGGGGGAGAUUUUGGCAGGAACUUUUUUUAAAAACAAAAAUACUGGCAGCUCCUUUGACUUAUCUUCAAUGUAUGCAGUUUGGGGUUUUUUAUGAUUAAUGGCCUUGUGAAGACUUAGCAGGGGAAGUAGGAAGAAAAAAAGCUGACCUUCAUUUAUAAAGAUAUCAGGGAAACUUGUUUGCCGAGGGGAGGAUUUUUUAAUUUCAUUUUUGUUUUUUAAUACAUGUUUUGUGUUCCCUCUCUCUGGAACACAUUAGCUAAAAAAAUAAAUUAUUUUUGGAAACCAUGUGGGCAACAGACAUUUUAUUUAGGAGGUACAUUCAAAUAGCAGGAAAAUGGCAAAAAGUACUAUUAAAAUAGGGAACACAUACAGUGGCUUAGAAUCAGCCGAGUCCACCACAGUUUCACAUGUAAUUUUGAAUAGUACAGUAAUAUGCACAAACUUCAUUGCUUUUGGUUUCCAUACUAAAACAAAUUAUCCAAAGUCUAGAGGCCUAGAUCCUUGGGUCACUAAUUCUAGUACUUCGUUUGAAAUAUGUGGUUAGUCCAAGCACGGUGGGUUUCAGUAGAUCCCAGGCACCCCAUGUGUAGAGGCAGGUCCUUUCCCUGAGGAUGGAGUUUUUCAGGGCAGGGAAGAUCUUUGAUGAGUUAGGUGCUGUGGUGGUUUGUACAGGGACCAUUUAGUCAGGCCAUGUCUCACAUUUUGGGACAUCCUGCCCAGUCCUGCCACGGUCUCAGUGCUGAGCAGUGGAACACAGCAGAACAGUGCUACCAAACUCUGCUGUAUGUAGCGUGUUCCCUGCUUCUCUUUAGGACUGACCCUUGCCUGCCAGCACUCCUCACCCAAAAUAACAGAUACGACUCAGAGAUAUGUCAUGGGACCCAGAGGAGAAGUAGGGCCAUGCCUGUGUGCUGUGAAGGUGGACUGGUAAUCUGGGGAGAGCCAGCUCUGAGUUCUACUCCUGGUGUGAGGACUAGAUUCCUCUCUAGCCUGAGUUUGUUUAACUGUGUAGCUACAUCCAGCAGGACCACAGCAGAAAACAAGUUCCUAGAGCACAGCUCAGAGUUGCAGCAUCUCUUCUGGCAUUCCGUCUGUCGUAGACAAUCCUGAGUUCAGUGCCAGCUUCUCGCCACAUCCUGAGGAAUCAAAUGGCUUACAGUGACAUUUAGGCAAGUGAGGUUGCUCCUCUUGCUGCAGCAGAAUGGGAAAAAAACCCCAAACAAACAAAACAAAAGCAAAACUAAACUUUUCACUUAAACAGAUCUUUUAAAACAAUCCUCAAGAAUCCUAGAAAAUAGAGCAUUUCAAAUGUACUCUUGGUGAUUUUUUUUCUUUUUUCUUGGCAUUUUGUUUUUGCUACCAUUGAAAUGAUCUAUUUGGGUUUUUUAGACCUGCUACACUCUCCCUCCACCCCUUUACCUGCUGCAUUUUCCAGUAUUUAUCUUUCAGGUGUAAAGAAGUUAUGGUAGAGAAUAAUUGCAGUUGUGUACUUUCAUUGUUCUAACUUUAAACAACGAGGUGCACAGUUGCAUUCAAUUCAAUUGAUCAAAGCCAGAUGGGGAUAAAAUGUUGGUGGUUGUUGUUUGUUUUUUUUUUUCUAAAAAGGCCUGCUACUAUUUGUGCUGAUAUUUGUUCCCCAUUUAUGCUGAUCAGUGCAUCUUUUGCCUUCGAGGAUGCCAUUAGUAAUUCUCCUUUGUGUUCAUAAGCAGGAAUCCAUUGUGCAGCACUUGGAGAGCCACUCGGAUGCAGGUAAAGAAUAUAACAGCUUGAGCAAGUGCUAAUUAGAACCAAUUAAAGUUAAUUGACCUCCUUUGGCAGUAAAAUGCAUAAUAGAACUUGCUCUGUCCUUGCAAAAUGGAGAUCUCGCCUCUAAGCAUAAGAGUGAAGCAGGGUUUCAUGUAGCAGCCUGUAGUAAUUAUGUGGGUAUAACAACCAGGAAGCGGCUUGCUACAAUUUGUUCUAAUAACUGGUCUCUACUGUAUCAGGGCAGUGCAAUAAAAGUGAGAUUUCUGCUUCAGUCUAUUUAAAAACCUAAUUUUUACAGAGCAAAUGAGCGUCCCAAGAUACUGAUACUAAUCUCUGGGAAUGAGUUGGCAGAAAAAAUAAGAGUCCCUUUUAUAGGUAAGUAAUGGUGUGAGCAUAAAAAAGAAGGCAGUUUUUUUGCCUGCCAGCUGGAAAUGGCUCUGAUGCUCAGAGGUUGCGUCUAUCCUGAGUAGUGGGGGUAAGCUCUGGUGGGCCUGCAGUGGUGCCCUCUGCAGGCUUCUGUUCAAAAAGGGGCACUGGCAUCCAUCCAGCUGAGCUUUGUGCUGCUGUGGGACUGUACCACUACCAUGGGCACAGUCAGAGGUAUCCAAAUAAAAGAGAGAGAAAGAGCAGGGGAAAAGAAUGAAUGGUAGGAAAUGUAAAAUUGUGUGAAUUCCAAAGCAUCAGUGGUGGGUGCUAAACUGUACAUCGCUGUGAAAAGUUGAAAAGCCAUUCUUAUUAGCAAAAGAGAAUUGAUCCAGUUUCCAUGACCAUGCUUUGCUGACUUUUUCCUUGGCAGGAACUGAAUGCGACUGAUUUUGCUGCUAACUUGGCCUUACUAUGAACAGCAAUAAAGGUGUUAGUCAGGUGGGGACUUUGAUGUGACCAAUAACAUCACUCUCCCUUCAGGGAAUGUUCUGUGCUGGCUUGUUAAUGAAUUUCUUUCCUAAUGAGUAUCAUUAAAAACCCUUUGAUUAGCUA